AUGGAUGCUGCCGGUCUGAGGAGCCGCAUUCAAGCCACGCUUGAUGCAAAUGCGGACGUUCGCCGGCAGGCAGAGCUUGAUCUCAAGGCGGCGGAAGACACACCGGGCUUCCUCGAUGCCCUCUUGAACAUUCUCGAGGCCGAGCAGGAUGCAGGACUACGACUGUCGACCGCCAUUUACUUCAAGAACCGCGUCAACAAGGGCUGGGCGAGGAGCGACGGCGUCUCCACCUCGAGCAACGCCAUCUCCGACAACGAAAAGGCCGCGGUCCGCGCGCGCUUAGUCCCCGUCCUCGCGAAUUCCGCACAGUCCAACGUCAGACCGCAGCUGGUCGUUGCACUGCAAAAGAUCUUGCACGUCGAUUUCCCCAAGCAGUGGCCAGACUUUGUCGAUGUCACCAUAAAGCUGCUCAAUGCCCAGGACUUACCGCAUGUCUUUGCGGGCUUGCAAUGCCUGCUGGGAAUAUGCCGGACCUACCGCUACAAACUGGGCGACCAGCGUCAGGACUUUGACAAGAUUGUGGAGGUCACUUUCCCGCAGCUGCUCAGCAUUGGCAAUAGCUUGGUGAAUGAGAGCAGCUUGGAGGCAGGGGAGAUGCUGAGGCAGGUGCUCAAGGCGUACAAACAUGCAAUCUACUUUGAGCUGCCCAUGCAGUUGCGGUCCCACCAGAGCAUGGUGGACUGGUGCACGCUGUUUUUGCGGAUUGUCGCCAAGGAAGCGCCGGAAAACUCGAUGAUGGAGGAUCUGGAAGAGCGGGAAAUUAACCAUUGGUGGAAGUGUAAGAAGUGGGCAUAUGUCAACCUGAACCGUCUGUUUGUGAGGUACGGCAACCCAGCGAGCCUGCAAAAGGGGAAUGGAGAAGACUACUCGGCAGUGGCGGAGAGCUUCAUCAAGACAUUUGCUCCUGAAAUACUCAAGGGAUACCUGGCGGAGAUUGAGAAGUGGGUCCAAAAGCAGGCGUGGAUGAGCAAGCCUUGCUUGUCUUCAACUUUGGGAUUCCUGGACGAGUGCGUGAAGCCCAAGGCGAUGUGGGACCAUCUCAAGCCUCACAUGCCAAUCCUCAUCCAGCACCUGAUCUUCCCCGUACUUUGCCAGACGGAUGAGGACCUCGAGCAGUUUGAAGAAGAGCCUGCAGAGUACCUCCAUCGCAAGCUCAACUUCUAUGAGGAGGUCUCUUCCCCCGAUGUGGCCGCGACCAACUUCCUCGUUACCCUCACCAAGGCUCGCCGAAAGCAGACAUUUGAAAUUCUCAACUUUAUCAACGAGAUCGUCAACAAAUACGAAGCUGCACCGGAAGAUCAGAAGAACGCACGCGAGAAGGAGGGUGCCCUGCGAAUGAUUGGAACCUUGGCAAAUGUGAUUCUCGGAAAGAAGAGUCCAAUCGCAGACCAGGUGGAAUACUUCUUCGUGCGACAUGUAUUCCCCGAGUUCCGCAGUCCCCACGGAUUCCUUCGUGCCCGUGCUUGUGACACACUGGAGAAGUUUGAAUCGCUGGACUUCAAGGWCCCCAACAACCUUACGCUCAUCUAUCACAACAUCCUCGAAUGCAUGGCCGAUUCCGCCCUGCCUGUACGUGUGGAGGCGGCACUCGCGCUCCAACCGUUGAUCCGCCACGACCCUAUCCGAACGAUGAUGCAGCAAAACAUCCCACAAAUCAUGCAGCAAUUGCUCAAGCUCGCCAACGAGGUUGAUGUCGAUGCCCUUGCCAAUGUCAUGGAAGAUUUCGUGGAGGUAUUUGCUGCUGAACUCACCCCWUUCGCUGUGGCGCUUAGCGAGCAGCUGCGCGAUACAUACAUCCGUAUUGUCCGCGAACUCAUCGAGCGGAACGCAAACAAGGAGGGUGAGGACAACUACGGAGAUUUCCUGGAUGACAAGAGCAUUACCGCACUUGGUGUCCUGCAAACCAUUGGCACUUUGAUCCUCACCCUCGAAAGCACACCCGACGUGCUCGCACACCUGGAGACCAUUCUCAUGCCCGUCAUCACCAUCACGCUUGAGCACAAACUUUACGACUUGUAUAAUGAGGUGUUUGAGAUUAUUGAUUCCUGCACAUUCGCUGCCAAGCUGAUCUCUCCGACCAUGUGGCAGGCCUUUGAGCUGAUCCAUCGUACAUUCAAGUCUGGCGCCGAGCUCUAUCUCGAAGACAUGCUUCCUGCACUUGAAAACUUCGUCAACUAUGGWUGGCAGCAACUGAUGCAAAGUCCGGCACACCUCGAUGCGAUCGUGGACAUGGUUCGAACAAUCUUCAAGGACGACAAAGUCGGUGGUGUGGAUCGCAUUUGUGGCUGCAAGCUUGCCGAGAUUCUCAUGCUCAGCGUAAAGGGCGGCAUCGACAAUUACAUCCCCGAGUUCAUCUCCCUGGCCAUGAACGUCCUCUUGGCUGAAGACCUCAAGAUCAAGUCGUACAGGACACACCUGAUGGAGAUGGUUAUCAACGCCAUCUACUACAACCCAAAGCUCUCCCUGCAAGUGCUUGAAGCCAAUGGAUGGACCAACAAGUUCUUCAGCUUGUGGUUCGGCAGCAUUGACAACUUCACUCGUGUCCACGACAAGAAGCUGUCGAUUGGUGCCAUCACUCAGCUUCUUACGCUACGAGCUGAUGAAAUACCACAAAGCGUACAGAAUGGCUGGCCUAGAUUGCUUCAGGGCAUUGUGCGUCUAUUCCAGACCCUACCCGCCGCGUUGAAGAACCGGGAAGAGGCACAGAGGGAUGAGGACUUUGGGCUGGGUGGUGAUUACGAUGAUGACGAUGAGGAAGAAGAGGAGUGGGAGGGCGAAGACUGGGCGGCGGAGGAGACCGAGGAGAGUUCCGACAUCAAAGACGAGAGCACGGCCUAUCUCGACUUCCUCAGCCAACAAGCAAGCAAGUUCAACGCUGCCGUCGGUAUCGACGAGGGUGAUGAUGAGCUUGAGGAAGAAAGCCUGCUGGAGACACCUCUGGAUUCUAUGGAGCCGUACGGCUUGUUCAAGAGGACUUUGGAGCAGAUGAGCGUCGAACAACCUCAGUUUUACACCCAACUGACCGGGCUACUGACACCCGAGGAGCAGCAAGUGCUCAAGGAAGCAUUAGCCCAAGCCGACACGAUCCAGCAGCAGAUUGCACAGCAGGAGCAGCAGGCUGGCGCACCACAGAUCGCCAAUGGAGCUGCUUAG